AUGCAAUGGAACUCAGCUGGGCUAACAAAGGCCAAACACCUAGCCUUGGGCAAACAGCUUUACGAUGAUAACAUCCCGUUUUGCUUAUUGAGUGAGACGAAAAUGUCCCCCACCCCUGAAGCAGCUGGCUUCGGACUCCCUGGGUACCAGCAUUAUGGUAUAGCUCGCACCUGUCGUGGUGGAGGUGUAUCAAUCCUCAUCAGGGAUGAGAUACAGGUAGAGACAGGACCGGCGCUUGUGGCAGGCAUUGAGCUUGCACAGGUGACCAUCCAUCUGGAUGCAGGUAUGAAGCUGACGAUCUCAUCAGCGUACCUCCCCCCUGUCGCCACCAAGAUCACUCCAGAGGACCUCGAUAGACUCAACACAGACGGGCCACAGCUCAUAGGUGCUGACGUCAAUGCACNCGCAUUAUCAUGGGGCCACGAGAUCCCGCCUGAUAACAGAGGUGAUGCCGUUGUGCAAUGGUGCAUUGACAAUGAGUUCCUCAUGCCAACACUGGAAAUAGGACACGGUACACCGAUAGGCAUAGAGGCUCCGCGCCAGAUGUGUCCCUGGCAAAGGAAUGCAUGGUGGCAGAUCUGGACAGCGCGACCCACCCCCGACAGCGACCACUACAUCAUCACUUAUACUGUUCAGGUGGGUGAGGAUGACAGUCCGCUAGAAGCGCAGCGGAUCUACAAGGCCUUGCUUACAUGGAAGAAGGCAAACUGGUCGAAGUUCCGCAAACUGACCAACUCACACUGCAGGCUCAAACGAGGCAUGAAUCGCAUAGACACCAUAGAGAAGCACAUCGCAUCUGGUAUACGGCUUGCCACAAAGGCAGCAGUGCCGGAGGGCAAUCGACGCCAGUCCCCGUUCUGGACCCCUGAGCUGGCCGACUUGGAUAAAGCAAUUGCUAGCAAGCCCCACGCCCAAUCCAGUCAGCGGCUCAAGAUUCGACGCAGGGAACUUCUUCGCGCAGCGGCCACUAGCCGGUGGCGAACGCUCUGCUCGAACCUUGAGGUCUCCAACGGGAACAGCUGGCAGAUCAUAAAGCGUGUAUACGCCCCCCGCCCCCUCAGCACGCCCGCCGUCAAGGCAGAUGGGGUUGUGCUUUCACACCACCAAAAGGCCAACCACCUGGCCCGCAUGUACGCUGCAAUAGCGCGAAGACACCCACGAUCCUACUCCCCGCCCCCAAUUAAAACAAGGGAUGAGGACUUUCAACCAAUAACAAUGGCUGAACUCGAUCGUGCGCUGCGUCUCCUGCCGCUAGGAUCAGCACCGGGGCCCGACAUGAUCCAUGGUGAGGCACUACGGCACCUUGGGAAAUGCGCGAAACACUCUGUCCUAACGCUCUUCAACAAGAGCCUGCGCACUGGCAUCGUCCCACAGAGCUGGAGACACGGGAUUAUAAUCCCACUCCUAAAACCCGGCAAGAAAGCGACUGAACUGGCGUCAUACAGGCCAGUCACGCUCACAAGUUGCCUCUGCAAGCUCAUGGAACGUAUUAUAGCAGCACGCAUUCGUGAGGUUAUAGAGCCAAAGCUUACGCCGCAGCAGUCCGGAUUCCGACCAUCCCACUCCACACUGGACCAACUAUUGCACCUUCGAGCGGUAAUGCAUCGACCGACUCCUAAGGACAGAACGGCCGCAGUGUUUGUGGAUUACGCCAAAGCCUUCGACACAGUAGACAAUGAUAAAAUCAUACUUGAAAUGCGACGGCUGGGUGUACCGCAACAUAUAGUGCGAUGGUCAGCAUCCUUUCUGCGAAAUAGGACAGUAGCAGUUAGCGCAAACAAGGUGCACUCCUCGCCGGUGUCCUUCACGAGAGGUGUACCACAAGGCACGGUUCUUGGGCCACUCAUGUUUAUUAUUGUCAUGAACUCUCUCAGCCUCCGGCUGGCUGAAGUCCCGGCACUACGGCACGGCUUUUUCGCAGACGAUCUUACAUUGAUAGCCCGACACAGCGACCGAGAGAUCAUGACAACCACCCUACAACGGGGACUAAACGUGGUGGCAUCCUGGACGAAGCAAUACUUCAUGGAGGUUAACGCAUCCAAGACGAAGUAUGCAUUCUUCGGGACCACAAGUGCCAACCCCCUUGCCCUCCUCUACAAUGGAACACCGGUCACCAUGGAACGGCUCCCGACCCUGCUGGGCAUCACAUUCCAGAACUACCGUGGAAUGAGCUCACACGUAGCACGCCUACAGCAGCAGAUCAACCAGCGACUCAUGCAGCUAGCGGCCGUCUCAUCCUGCAGCUGGGGACCGAAGAGAGACACACUGCGUGCCUUCUACUUGGCUCUAGUGCAGGCCAAAGCAAUGUAUGGUAUAGAAGUAUGGUACUGGGACGCAUCAUCCACCUCGCGAACAACGCUUAAUGCCGGGCAGUACAAAGCCUGUAAAAUAAUCGCCGGCAUUCCCAAAGGUAGCCGCACAGAAGAUGCUUUACUUGAGGCCAACCUGCAGCCGCUAAGUACGACGGUACUUACUCGUAGCCUCAAAUAUAUGCUCCUGUGCGAAACGCGAGGAGGGGCGGUACGUGACAGUGCCAGAGUGGUAUACCCGACCGAACACCCCGUACGACAACUGUAUACCACCAUCAUGGCACCUUACCCAGAACUCCAUAUUGAAGCUAGGAUCCCGCCCCUGGCGCCCCUCACGCUGCGGUGGGCAUCUCGAGCACUGUUUCACACAUCGCUUGAAGGUGUCACCGCGGAGGACCCGGACGAGGCCAAACUUCAAGCAUGUACCAGAUGGAUAGCCCGACACUUCCGCCGGAAGGGACCUACGCCACCUGAAAGACUACACUAUGAGCUGUGGGCGGAUGGCUCUGUCGAACUGGGAGUAAAAUCUGGCGCAGCAGCCAUGAUUUACCUCAACGGAGAGCUCAUUGCCCAAGCAAAGUCAGGUGCAGGACCGAUUGCGUGUAGCUACCGAGCUGAAUCCAUCGCAUUGCAAGUUGGACUGCAGAAAUUGCUGGACAUCAUUCCCCGCCGCAACACUCGACCGUGCAGAGUGUCUGUCUUCACGGACUCCCUGUCACUCCUCAUGGCACUACAAACAGGUCCAUUGACAGUCACAGACCCCAUAUUACGACUACUAUGGAACCUGUUAUUGGACCUGCAGCACCGCAAGGCACGCAUACGGCUACAAUUUAUAUUUGGCCACUGUGGCAUUGCAAAGAACGAGGCAUGUGAUAAGGAAGCGAAGACGGCCUCUGACCUACCGCAGCGCGGGGACACGUGGAUACCGGAUGUGGUAGCGCUGGCCAAACGUCACAUACGUAGCCAGCUGCCCAAACCAUCCACCCACCGCUCCAGCAUCACAGGCCAUUGGAACCCGACACGCAAUGAUCCCAGCUUAACUCGGGAAGAAGAGGCGGCCCUAGCUCGUUUUCGCACUGGUGUAUCCCACCGCUACGGCUGGCUACUGCGAGUAUUACAGCCCACCACGCCAAAUACAUGCAGGUGGUGCAACCCCAUAGAACCCCCUCCCCCACUCAAAAAGCCUCGAAUAGAAACGCCUGCAGCAAACACAGAGGCAGCGCCUUUGCGUUUCCGUGAUCCGGUCAACUGCCCGGUAUGUCAAACCCGUUAUGGCUGUCGGUCAAGCGCUGUGGUUCACAUGGUCAACAAACAUGGAUUCACACGUGCCCGCGCACUCUGGAAAGUCAAGCAUCCCACAGCUGAGGAGCCGCCGGACAUCCCGCCAGAACCCCCUCCCCCAGCACCAAGGCCCAAACGCACUGCACUGGACACAACGAGCGAUCUCAACCCGAUCGUCAAGAAGCGUCGAGAAGAGUUUGCUUGCAACCUAUGCGCGGCGUCGUUUAAAGGACAGGUGGGGCUAACAAGGCACCUUCGCUACUUCCACCCCCAGCAAUACCAAAACGCAGAACGUAAACGAGCACGGGAGAUGGAAGAGAAGGCCAAAACCUUGCCUUUUCAAUGCGACCACUGUGGGUUCGGAGCCCUAAGUAAAACGGGGCUCUUAUCCCACAUUCGUGCCAAGCAUCGCUCUCCACAAGACCCGCCACGAGCAGUGAAACCACGGCCCACACUAUUUUGCCCAAUAUGUCUCAGACCCAUGGGCAACGCUGGAGGACUGGAAAGCCACAUGAAAUACAAGCACCCCGGCGAACAGAAUACCAGAGCACAAGACCCAAACACAGGCACACCAAACCUCCCCAAGCGAGGGAGAGAGGACCCCUCCACCUUGCACGCCACUCCUAUAAAGCAGGAAAAAGAUGAAGCAGAAUUGCCCCAUCCUAAAAAGCGUAUGAGAACAGAGGCUUCCCCCCCGACCGACGACCAGCCAAAGAACGAGGGAGCCGCCCCCCUACCGCCCGAGCGGCGGAGAGAGAUACAAUGCUUGGUGUGUUUGAAAUGGUUCGCUUCUCUUGAAUCCGUUCGACCGCACUGCCGCCGCUAUCAUGAGGGCCACGGGGUUCCUGUAACGGUAAAGCGCCGGCGGCUCCAUGAGGAUGCUCCUGAUGACUUGCCUCUUUCUGCCUUCUCGUGCCCCACGUGCGGCUUCCAGUGCCACAGCAAACACGGACUCACUAGGCACCGCAUAGUCAGCCACGGAUUCAGGCCGGACGUAGUGAAACCCAGCCAACGUGGACAGUGCGAAGAGACGAGCAUGCACCUAUUGAGCUGUCCCGCAUUAAAGAGUCUACGCUGUCACUUUGGGGUGGAUGGGGGCGGCAUGGGGAAGUUGUGCUUUAUGCAGAAGUUGGCCAAAUUCCUGCUUGCAGUGGAAAGGUUUUGUCCUCAACGGCCUUCCCCGACAGAACCGACGCCACCCAUAGAGGUCCAGGAAUAG